AUGAGUGAACGUCGAAAGCGAGCAUGGGAAGCCUAUAAAAAGUACCGACUUGUGGUAAAGAUAAUUGCAGCUUUUUCGCUUGCAAUACUUGGAAUUUCUGGUUGCAUCGCUUUCGCCAAAGUUUAUCACAACUACAAUGCAGCAGUCUGGGCUGGUGUUUCAGCUGCGUUUGCAAUUGUUUUCAUUCGCUUACAUUUCAUGGUUUAUCGGGAUCGGCAUGAACGUUCUAUCUCAAGGUUAAGGUUCACCAUAACAUUAUGGAUUGGUGUCGUUGGUUUAAUAGCUGCUCUUGCUGGCCUCAUAACAUACAUUGUGCUGGGAGUCAAACAUCAUGAGAAGGGUAAGGUGGCAUAGCGAUUUUCGAUUUCUAGGCAUGCAUGACCUCCCACAAUAAAGGACUUGACCUCAUCUAAGACUGAUUAGCUUGUGUGUUGAUGAGCCGGCUCCUGGUGCCAGCAUCGCUGAACUAUUUUCAGCGAUUGUAGUGACCAUAUUGAUGUAUUGGACGAUAAAAUGGGUUUACAAGCUUCACCAGAUGGCGACGACGUGCAGCUGUAUGCGACAAAUUGGCAACUUUGCCGAGAAAUUUUAACAUAGAAUCAACAUACCAAAGUUGCCUCAAUGAAGACGUCCAAAAUUUCCAUAAAACCCUUUUCUCAUUAACAUUAUUUGUUCUUUGAACAAAAUGGGAGCGUUGAGCUACCGUAAAAUUCCGAAAAUAAGCCCCGUGCCUUAUAUUUUUCAAAGGCCCUUUUUGAGGGGCUUAUUUUUGGAGGGGCUUAUAUUCGGAGAGGCUUAUUUACGGAGGGAGAUUUGAGUUUCAAAAUCGAUUGGACUAACCUUAUAGUUGGAAGUAAAUUUACCGUUUCUACUCUGUCUUACUUUGUAUCUGAGGGCAAUUUUCUAAGUACAAGCCCCCGGGGGGCUUAUAUUUGGAGUGGCUUAUACAUGGAGGGGCUUAUUUUCGAAAAUUUACGGUACCUAAAAAGACAAAAACUGACAAAUUUCAUUAGGGGGCACUAACCAUGAUGAAUUAGUAUAGCGUUAAAGAUUGAAAAAAAAUUCGGGCCCAUAUUUGCAAGUUGCAAUCCAUGUCUACAGGAGCCGAUUACGGCUCCUGAUGUCUAUCAUUGCCAUUCGUAGCGACAGGGCACAACCCGGGAGAGACUUUCACUCAUGGCCUAAAUUUAUUCUUAAAUAACAAAACUGGACCAUUAUUUUUGGAUGAAUCAGCUCGUAAUGCAAAGACACCUCAAAGCUUUUUAAAAAGAUAGCAAACAGCGUGACAUAACUUCUUCAAAUACGGAUUUAAGAGGUGCCUUUUUGCUUCUUUUUCGCAGGGAUGGAUCCGAAAGGAUAUUUUGUGGUGUGCCUCUGGUGUGCGAAGACUGCAAUGUGGGGAUUCUCUACAUUCAUGGCAGCCAGAAAGUUCCGAAAGAAGUAUUUUGAUUCAGAUGAGAAUGAACUAAUCGUAAAUGACUGA